ACAAACACUGACGACAAUGAAAACUUCUAUAUAUAUGGUUUUAUGUAUAUUGUUUGCAGGGAAUUUUGUGUGUUCUGAAGAUGGCGAUUCUCUACAAAGACUGAUAGACCAAUUAAAGGAGUUGGACGGCGUCAAUAAAAGACAGAUGACGGAUUCCACUGGAUCCGUUCCAAGCUUAGACACUUCCGACAGUUACAAACGACAGCAGGAGAAUGCUGACAUCCGUCCCCAGAAAAGCAGCCAGUACGAAAAUGUUUUAAGAGAGCUCCGGAGGCUGGUCAUGAUUAACAAACGAGAUCACGUGAUACCAGCAGUGGACCUCAGUCAUUUCUCGUGUAGUCAGGAAUAUUAUGGUUUGAGGAAACUUGUGGACAACUUGGCCAAGAAAUACUGUGUUGUCAAGGAUGAUCACGUGCACGACUCGCUGGACGGCUUCUGAGUCUGUGAUUAUUUCAAAGAGACAAACUGAACUAGAAAAUUGUGGACCUAUAUGUUGUAUCGGUGGAUCCUACAUGAGAAGUACGAGUGAAGACAGCGAUUUAUAUUCACUUGUGUAGAAUGUAUUAUAUCGUUACGAAAACAAAACCAUCCAAACCUGCCAUAAUUUGACACUCGAAACGCGUAAACUGAAAAAAAAAAUCCAUUUUUAGUUAUAAUUUUUUUUAGAAUAAACAUGUAUAAUUAUAUAAAUAAAGAAAAUUUUGCCUCAAUUAAUCAUACUUUUUGAAUGUAUUUCAGAUACAUGUGUGUCAGUUGUCAUUUGCAAUCAAAU